AUGUCCAGCGCGGGCGCCAUCUACACCUCACUGCUGCCCGGUUCGCUGGCGGCCGCCGCCAAUGUCCCGCCCACGUACGCCUCGACGACGGUCAACGGGCAGCUGGUGGCGGUCAACCUGGCUGAUAUUCGCUACAAGCGCCUGAACUCCUACACCGAACUGUGUACGCUCAUUUCGCCGCGCACCAUCUUCCAGAGCACCCUCCCUGGUUGUGUCUUUCAGAUCAACUCCAUCUCCAACUACCUGGCGGACGACCCUAGUGUGCGCAUCUUCAUUCGCUUCUGUCGCUAUGACCCCACCUGCGAGGAGCAAACUGACCACAUGCCCAGGGGCUUCAACUUUAUCAUCAACCAGAAGGCUUAUCAGGUAAAAAACCGCAUCACCUUCUGCCCGUACGACAUCACGACGCGAGUCAUCUGCGAGGCGAGCAAUGACAUCUACGUUCGCAUCUCCCUCGAUCCAACAACGGGCGAAAAUCCGGACGAUUUCUUCUUUGGCGUCUUCCUCCUGCAGAAGAUCAGCUACCAGUCGUUGCUGAAUGAGUUUCAUGCUCGCUGGCGACAUCCCUUCAAGGCAAAGUAUUCCAUUGAGUUGGCCAAAAAGAAGCUUAAUCCAAUUGAGUUUGACGAUGAUGAACUGGCCAUCGUCGAUAAAGACAACUCCAUCAAGGUGUCACUGCUUUGUCCGAUCACCUCGACGCGCAUCAAGAUUCCCGUUCGAUCGAUCAACUGUGAUCACGUUCACUGCUUUGAUGUGGAAAACUUCAUCAAAAUCAAUGACAUCAGCCCCAAGUGGAAGUGUCCCAUUUGCAAUCAGUACAUUAAGUUUGACAAUCUCAUUCUUGAUGGUUUCUUUACUGAACUACUGAAAAAAGCGCCACCCACUUGCAAUGAUGUGGAGAUUCUCCCCGACGGCAGCUACGAGUUUGUCAUUGACGAGCUUCCUCCGGGAGUGGAAGAAGGUUCGGGAUCCGCCAGUGAAGAUGACUCUGAAAAGGAGAAAAAAGAAAAAAGAGAAAAAGAAGAAGAGGGUGAAAAUCAGCAGUCAUCUGCUGCUGCUGGUGGUAAACAGCCGUUGGUGAAAAGGCGUAAGGUAGAGAAAAUCGAAAAAAAGAAAUCAAAACGAUCUCAGGCUGCUGCUGAGCCGCCAAAGUUUGUGGCAAAGUCAUCCUUGACAACGGUGGUAAACAUUGAGUGCAUCAACCUCGAUUCAGAUGAUGAUGAUGAUGCUGAUGAUGAUAAUGCUAAUGCUGCUCAAGGAAAUGGACAGGCAGCAGCUGAAGUUCCAGAAAUCGCAAAUGCUGAAGUGGAAAAUGCUGUUGAAGACAUCAACAUUUUUCCUGAUGCAGUUGAUCCAGUUUUGGCUGAGGACCUCGACCACUUGCUAAAUGCCGAGUGUAAGUAA